UCACCCUCAUUGAAGCUUUGUCAAGUUGGAGUCCCUGACCGAGCAUCAAAUACUUGGAGCAGUCUCUGUGGAACAUUGUGACUCUGCUGCUCAUACCAUUGAUGGAAACGAAGAUGGGUGCCUUGAUGAUCCGAGAACUGGAGGAUCAAUUUGUACCCAUUUUACGAAAAUGUUUCAGUACGGCAGAAUUGAAGAAGAUUCAUGCCCGUAUGCUCAAGUACUCUCUGUCACAAAGUAACUUCCUUGUGACAAAGAUGAUUGAUUUUUGUAAUGCCAAAGGUGAAACAGAAUAUGCAUAUCUACUCUUCAGGCAGAUGGUGGAGCCAAAUAUAUUUAUCUAUAAUGCAUUGAUAAGAGCUUAUACCAAUAACCACUUUCAUGAAAAAGCUAUCACCGUUUACAGGCAAAUGAUUAGGUGCCGGCAAAGGAAAAGUUCCAUUUUUCCAGACAGGUUCACAUUCCCCUUUUUAUUAAAAUCUUGUGCAGGGCUCCUACUUAUUGAUCUUGGUAAGCAGAUUCAUGGCCAUGUCUUCAAAUGUGGCUUAGCUUUGAAUUCUGUGAUAGAGAACUCUCUUAUCGAUAUGUACACAAAGUGUGCUAGUAUGUCUGAUGCUCACAGAGUAUUCGAGAGAAUGAUGGAGAGAGAUCCAAUCUCAUGGAACACAAUUAUUUCGGGAUAUGCCAGAUUAGGACAGAUGAAAACGGCAAGGUUGAUCUUUGAAUCCAUGUCAGAUAAGACAAUUAUCUCUUGGACAACAUUGAUUUCUGGGUACUCGCGGAUUGGCUGCUACACCGAUGCAUUGGAUGUUUUCCGUCAGAUGCAGUUCGUUGGCAUAAAACCUGAUGAGAUCAGCAUUGUUUCCGUUUUGCCAGCUUGUGCACAGCUUGGAGCUCUAGAGUUGGGGAAAUGGAUUCAUGCUUAUGCUGACAAAAAUGGGCUUUUGCAGAAUACUUUUAUAUGUAAUGCUCUGAUCGAAAUGUAUGCAAAAUGUGGAAACAUAGAUGAAGCUUCCCAUCUGUUUUCUAAGAUGUCCUACAGGGAUGUGAUAUCCUGGAGCACAAUGAUUGGAGGGCUUGCUAAUCAUGGGAAGGCUCAUGAAGCAAUUGAAAUGUUUGCAGAAAUGAAAAGAGCUCAAGUAGCACCAAACAGCAUUACCUUUCUAGGCCUUUUAUCUGCUUGCGCCCAUGCUGGAUUCCUAACCGAAGGAUUGUGGUACUUUGAUUCGAUGAGAAUGGACUAUCAAAUUGAUCCAGGGGUUGAACAUUAUGGAUGCAUGGUGGAUCUUCUUGGUCGUUCUGGAUGCCUUGAUCAGGCCCUUGAGUUCAUCAAGAAGAUGCCAAUUGCACCAGAUUCAACCAUUUGGGGAUCUUUGCUCAGUUCUUGUAGAACUCAUGGCAAUCUUGAGAUCGCUGUGACUGCAAUGGAGAACCUUAUAGUACUUGAACCGGAUGAUCCAGGUAACUAUGUCCUACUUUCAAAUAUUUAUGCAGACUUGGGAAGGUGGGAUGAUGUCUCAAGGAUGCGCAAGCUUAUAAGAAAUAGGAGAACAAAGAAACCUCCUGGGUGCAGCCUAAUUGAAGUCAACAAUGUAGUUCAAGAAUUUAUAGCAGGGGAUCAUUCAAAACCAUUUUCGCAUGAGAUCAUGAGGAUACUAAAACUGCUGGCCAUGCAGCAGAAGAGCAGCAGCACUGUAACUGAAACAAUGACAGAGGGCAUUGCAAACCUUUGAAUUUUCCAAAUAAAUAAAGGAAAAAAGAAAACUUGCAAUGCUAUUUCUACUUGUUUUACAACCAGACUGGUUUCCUCAAUAAGGAACUAGGUGGGAUGGAACUCCCAAAGUUUGUCUCCCU